AUGGCCGCGAUAAAGCGCGACUACGAAGAAGGAUUCAUCGUCAAGACUGGCGAGUGGAUGGUCAACCCCUGUGAAGAGGCGUCGGAGUCACACCCGGAGUUCGCUUCCGCGCGGACCGCUGGCGACAAUCUCUCAUGGAUAAUCAAGCUUGAUACCACCGAUAUCACCCCUGCUACAGCCCCAGACUUGCUACUCGACGAUGCUCAGUUCUCCGUGGGCGGCCAUGACAGGCGAUUCGAUCACAGGGAUCGGAUGCAGUACCUCAUAAGGAUACUGAACGACCAGACAUCCAUGCAGCUCACCAUGCUUGCCCGAGAUGACCGGCCCCCUCAAUAUCGCACAAUCACUAGUACGAGAGUAAGUGACCGCAUGGCUAAGGGUCACUUCAAGGUACCUCCGAACUGGAAUUACUUCGACGCAGAGAUUCAGGCCGAAUUUCGGAUGAUAACUAAGCAGUUGCUCGCUACCGGCCCACCGAAAUAG